AUGCUGUUACAACUCGCAGCCCUUUCAAUUUUAGGGGCCUGGGCUCUGGCAGAUGUGCCUGAGCUGGGAGAUGUUUGCACAGAAGGGAGCUGUUAUCCGGCCACAGGAGAUCUGCUUAUCGGAAGAGCUCAACAACUCUUGGCCACCUCAACAUGCGGAGUCCAUAAACCUGAGCCCUUUUGUAUCGUCAGUCAUUUGCAGGAAGAGAAGAAGUGCUUUGUGUGCGACUCCAGGCAGGCCUACAAUGAGACGGCGCACCAAGUAACCAGCCACAGCAUUGAAAACGUUGUCACAACGUUUGCACCGAACCGCCUCAAGACGUGGUGGCAGUCGGAAAACGGCCUGGAAAACGUCACGAUCCAGCUGGACCUGGAGGCUGAGUUCCACUUCACCCACCUCAUCAUGACCUUUAAAACGUUCCGACCGGCUGCAAUGGUGAUCGAGCGUUCGGCAGACUUCGGGAACACUUGGCAAGUUUACCGUUACUUUGCUUAUGACUGUGAGUCCUCCUUCCCUUCUGUCUCUCAUGGGCCAAUGACCAAAGUUGACGAUGUUAUAUGUGAUACUCGCUACUCUGACAUCGAACCCUCAACUGAGGGCGAGGUCAUUUUUAGGGUUUUGGAUCCUGCCUUCAGGAUUGAGGAUCCCUACAGCCCCAGAAUUCAAAACAUGUUGAAGAUCACUAAUCUGAGGGUGAAGUUCACUAAACUGCACACUCUCGGCGACAACCUGCUGGACUCACGUAUAGAGAUCAAGGAGAAGUAUUACUAUGCUAUUUACGACAUGGUGGUCAGAGGAAACUGCUUUUGCUAUGGUCACGCAUCUGAAUGCGCCCCUGUCGAUGGAACUGGAGAGGCAGUGGAGGGCAUGGUUCAUGGUCAUUGUAUGUGUAAUCAUAACACUAUCGGUCUGAACUGUGAACGCUGUCAGGACUUUUACCAUGAUCUGCCCUGGAGACCCGCUGAGGGACGCAACACCAAUGCUUGUAAAAAGUGUCACUGCAACCAUCACUCUCAUUCGUGCCAUUUUGACAUGGCAGUUUACCGAGCCUCAGGGAACGUGAGCGGCGGCGUGUGCGAUGACUGCCAGCACAACACUAUGGGCCACAACUGCGAACAGUGCAAACCCUUCUUCCACCAGCAUCCAGAGAAGGACAUCCGCGACCCCAACAUCUGCGAGCCCUGUAACUGUGAUCCGGUUGGAUCCCUCAAUGGUGGCGUUUGCGACCCGAUGACAGAUGUGUCGCUUGGCCUGAUCUCGGGUCAGUGCCGCUGUAAACCCAAUGUGGAGGGUGAACGCUGCGACCAGUGCAAACAAGGCCAUUACGGGCUGAGCGAAGACCCUCUGGGAUGCCAACCAUGCACCUGCAAUGCUUUGGGAACAGUUCCAGGCGGAAGCCCGUGUGACACAGACUCAGGAAACUGUUACUGUAAACGUCUGGUUACCGGAAGGAACUGUGACCAGUGUCUGCCCCAGCACUGGGGUCUCAGUAAUGACAUGGACGGCUGCAGACCAUGUGACUGUGAUCAUGGUGGUGCAAUCAACAACAAUUGCUCUCCUGUAUCGGGUCAGUGUCAGUGUCGGGAGCACAUGUUUGGCAGACGUUGUGACCAGGUGGAAUCUGGCUUUUACUUCAUCGCUUUGGACCACUACACCUAUGAAGCAGAGGAAGCCAAGUUUGGGCCUGGUGUGACGGUUGUCCCGAGAAAUCAUCCUCAAGACAGAUCCCCUACUUGGACUGGCAUUGGUUUUGUGAAUGUUCCUGAAGGAGCCUUUCUGGAAUUCAGCAUCGACAACAUUCCCUACUCUAUGGAGUAUGACCUCAUCAUUCGAUAUGAACCUCAGCUGCCAGAGCAGUGGGAAGAAGUGUUGAUGACUGUCAUCAGGCCUCGGGUCAUUACUGCUGACAGCCGCUGUGCAAACACAAUGCCGGAUGAUGACAACCAGAUGGUGUCUCUGCACCCUGGAUCCAGGUAUGUGGUGCUGCCCAGGCCUGUGUGUUUUGAAGAGGGCUUGAACUACACCGUGCGCUUGAGUCUGUCUCUGUACUCGGCUCUCAGUGAUGUGCAGUCGCCAUACACACUCAUCGACUCGAUCGUCCUCAUGCCUCACUGCAAAAACCUAGAUAUUUUCUCUGGCUCCGGAACAGAGGGUGGAAACUUGGUGACCAACAGCGCCUGGGAAAAUUUCCAGCGCUACCGCUGUUUGGAGAACAGCCAGGCGGUGGUGAAAACCCCCAUGACUGAUAUCUGCAGGAAUUACAUCUUCAGUGUGUCAGCUCUUCUGCACCAGGGAGUUAAAGCCUGCCAGUGUGACCCACAGGGGUCUCUCAGCACAGUUUGUGACCCAAGUGGUGGCCAGUGCCAGUGUCGCCCCAACGUGGUUGGCAGAAACUGUGACAGAUGUGCUCCUGCUACCUUCCUGUUUGGGCCACAAGGAUGCCGAUCCUGUGACUGCAGUCCUGAGGGCUCCGUUCACUCAUACUGUCAUGAGGCCACUGGUCAGUGCGAGUGUAUUGCUGGAGCGUAUGGACGGCAGUGUGACCGAUGUCUGCCUGGAUACUGGGGUUUCCCGAACUGUCGCCCCUGCACUUGCAAUGGCCACGCGGAGCAGUGCGACCCACAAACCGGACAGUGUCUGUCCUGCAGAGAUCACACCACUGGCCACAACUGUGAGAGGUGUUUGGGUGGUUACUAUGGUGACCCCGUCCUGGGAUCUGGAGAUCACUGUCGCCCCUGCAUGUGUCCUGACGGUCCCGGCAGUGGUCGGCAGUUCUCUGGCGCGUGCUAUAAGAGUCCUGACUCCAGCCAGGUGUUUUGUGUCUGCAACCAAGGAUAUAAAGGUGCCAGGUGUGAGGAGUGCGCCCCUGGUUAUUACGGAAACCCACAUGAAGUUGGCGGAGAAUGUCGGCCCUGUCAGUGCAAUAGCAACAUAGACAUGAUGGACCCGGAGUCGUGUGAUGCCCGCACUGGUGCUUGUGUCAAAUGCCUCUACCACACUGAGGGCGAAAGCUGCAACCGCUGCAGACUUGGCUAUUACGGCAAUGCACUGACUCAGAGUUGCAGAAAGUGUGUUUGUAAUCAAAUGGGAACUGUGGAGGAGAUGUGCCCCUCUUCAGGUAACUGCAACUGUGAUUUAACCAGCGGACAAUGCCUGUGUCUUCCUAAUGUUGUGGGCCAGCACUGCGAUCAAUGCGCUCCUGACACGUGGAAUAUGGCCAGCGGGAAAGGCUGCGAGGAUUGCGAUUGCGACCCCAACCAUUCCUUUGGCUCUUCCUGCAAUGAGAUUAUGGGCCAGUGCUCUUGUAAACCUGGAUUUGGUGGCAGAACCUGCAGAGAGUGUCGAGAACUGUUCUGGGGGAACCCUGAAGUCAAAUGCCACGCAUGCGACUGUGACCCAAGAGGCAUUGCGGAACAACAGUGCAACAAGGUCACUGGUCACUGUGUUUGCGUGGAGGGUGUUUCUGGACCACGAUGUGACACGUGUGCUCGAGGUUACACUGGCGAGUUUCCACAGUGUGAGCGCUGCCACCAGUGCUUUGCCGAAUGGGAUAUAAUAGUGGGCGACCUCACCAACCAGACCCACAGACUGGUCCAGAAAGUCAAUACCAUCAAAGCCACUGGCAUUACGGGACCCUAUCAGGCUACCAUUAAUAAUGUCGAAAACAGUGCCAACUCAAUCCGCAACAUCCUAGCCCAAAAUCCAGCUACUCAGCCUUUAACAGAGAUCCAGGGACUUCUAGAGCAAGCUACUGCCUUGAUGGCUGAAAUGAACAGCAACCUUAACCUGACGGAGGAGACCUUGUCCGAGAUCUCAUCUGACAACAACAGCACAGACACCAAACUGAAGUCGCUCAAAGAAGAAGCUCAGAAACUGGAACAGACCGUGAAAGACCUACGCGAACAGGUGGAGUUUGUGAAGAAUUCAGACAUUCGAGGGGCCAGAGCCAGUGUUACUCGAUACUAUGAGCAGUCCCAGAAUGCAGAGAUCCGUGCUAAUGCCUCCACCAUUGACCCAUACAACUUAGUCAAUCAGUCUGCCACCCUGCGGACAGAAACUGAAGAGUUGAUGAACCAGACCAAAGAAGAGUUCAAUCAAAGACAGGAUGAGUUUUCGAAGAAACUGGACAACCUGGCUGGACAGCUAGAGACACUGGACCUGUCUGAGCUUAGCGAGAAGACAUGUGGUAGCCCAGCUGGCUCAGAGAACUGUGCCGACUCCCCCUGCGGAGGCCUGAGCUGUGUGGACACGCAGGGAAGCAGGAAAUGUGGAGGAGAGGGAUGCGAUGGCCUCACCACACUGGCCCACAAUGCCUGGCAGAAAGCCAAAGACUUUGACCUGGAGAUUAUCAGCGCCAUGGAGGAAGUGGACAAGCUCUCCAAAAUGGUGUCUGAGGCAAAGGUAAAAGCAGACGAAGCAAAGCUAAAUGCUCAAGAAGUGCUGGCGAAGACCAAUGAGACCAAGAAACGCGUAGAUAGCAGCAACGAGGAGCUCCGCCAACUCAUCAAACAAAUCCGAGAUUUCCUCACUCAAGAUGGAGCGGACCUGGAAAGCAUCGAGGCUGUGGCCAAUGAAGUCCUGCAGAUGCAGAUGCCCACUACACCAGCCCAGCUGCAGAACCUGACUGAGGAGAUCAGGGAGCGGGUGGGCAGCCUGACAGAUGUUGAAGACAUCCUCAACCAGAGCGCCGCAGACAUUCUGAGGGCAGAGAGCCUGCUGGAACAAGCCCGCAAGGCCAGGAAGGAGGCGUCAGAUGUAAAAUCCACAGCAGAGAUGGUGAACGAGGCCCUGCAGCAUGCUGAACGUGCUCAGAACUCUGUAGCCGAGGCACUCAAACAGGCCGCAGUUGACAUCAAGGGAACACAAGACCUGCUCGUUUCGGUGGAGUCGGAGACAUCAGACUCUGAGCUAAAACUCAGCAACGCCACCAGAAGACUCUUGAAACUGGAAAGUGAUGUAGCGCUGUUGAAAGAAAAGGCUCUCAACACUUCCAUCAGCGCCAACAGCACAGAGAAAGAGGCUGAAAGCAUUAAUGCACUCGCAGAGCAGCUCAAAAAGGAUCUGGAUUCAGAGCUGAAAGACAAGUACAGUACUGUAGAGGAGCUGAUCACACAGAAGGCUGAAGGAGUUGCAGAAGCCAAGAAAAGAGCGGAGAAACUCCAAGAUGAAGCCAGAAAUCUGCUUCUACAGGCCAGCGAGAAACUUCAGCUUUUGAAAAAUCUCGAGAAGAACUAUGAUCAAAAUCAGAAGCUGCUGGAGGACAAAGCCAAUGAACUGGUGGAUCUGGAGAAAGCUGUGAAAGAACUACUUCAGGAGAUCAGUCACAAAGUGACCGUCUACAGCACAUGUCUGUUUUAA